GCAGUUGGAGUUGCAGCCCCAACCAUUACCAAUCAAUCAGUCAAGCGCAAUGGAGACAAUGGCUGCCGCUGUCCCACCAACAGCAGGACCUUCGAAUGGCGGCGGCGGCGGCAUGGCAAUGGCCGUGUGCAUGGGCGUCAUCAAUCAAUACGAGGAGAAUGUCGAGCAUUUGCGGCAACUGUUCAGCCGGAACCAUUUGGUGUCCUUUAGCAUUGACAACAUCGCGUGCAGUGCGGGCAGCAGCAGCGGCGACAACUACAUGUCGGUGGUGAAGCGUGUGACCAUCAGCCAGAACCUGCAACAGGAUAAAGAUCAGCAACAGCCAGCAGCAAGCAGGGAAGCGGUUACGGUUAUUGUUAAGCGUCAGAUUGCGAGUCUGUCACGCCGGCAGCUCUACCGCUGCGAGGAGGCCUUCAGCAAUGAGAUAAACGCCUACCGGCAUCUGGUGCCGCUGCUCCGUCGCUACAGCCAGCAGCCGCUGUUCCCGCUGUGUCACAUCGCCGAGAGCCAUGACCGAGAAAGCGACAGUGGGGAGCCCAUCAUUGUGCUGCAGGAUCUGAAGGCUUUGGGCUACCGAAUGAAGGAUCGACUGGAGGGGCUGGAGCUGGGCCAUUGCCUGCUGGUGAUGAAGAAACUGGCACAAAUGCACGCCGCCUCGCUGGCUGCCCAGCAGCUGGAGUCUGCACUGUUUGCCGCCCAAGUCGAGCAACUCAGCGAGAUUGUCUACUGUGAGGAGGCUGCCGAGUUCUACUCCACCAUAUUGGACACCUCUGUGCAGCAGGCCUUGGACAGUCUCAAUGCGUCGAAUGCAGAUGGAAGUCUGACCACGCCCAUCUCCCUCAUUGAGGAGCUGCGACCGAAGCUCUUUGCGCAACUAAAGCGGAAUAUAAACGAGGCUGCUGGAUCGGCGUUAAGUGUGGUCUGCCAUGGAGAUCUGUGGGUGAACAACAUCAUGUUCCGCUCGCAGCCCGAGGAAGUCAUCUUCUUCGACCUGCAAGCUAUGCGCCGCACCUCGCCCGUCUUCGACAUACUCCACUUUAUUUAUACGAGCACGAGGAGACGCCUGAGGGAUGAGCAUACGGACACUCUGCUGGCUGCUUAUGCGGAGGCUCUAGCCAAGGAACUGAAUCUGCAGCUCAAGCACACAACGGCGGCAAAGCAAUUAGAGCAGCUCUGUGACACCUUUUCGCUGCAGCGACUCACCGCGGAGUAUGUACGUCAGGUGCACUAUGGCCUGGCCAUUGGCAUGUGGAUACUGCCAGCGGUCACCUUUGAUCCGAACAACCUGCCCAAUCUGGAUGUGAUGAGCGAGCAGAAUCUAACCGGCAAGGAGAUUAAAUGCACCCAAACACUCACCUCGGAGUACCACUUGCGGAUCAGGGAGCUGGCGUUGGAGUUCUACGAGCGUGGCUAUCUACAGAUUGAGCGGCCAGCCAUGUGAGAGUAUUCAUAGUGAUGUAAACUUAGGAUUAGCUUGUGUAGUGAUAGCAAUAAAGGUACACCACCAAGUGGUAAUCUGU